AUGCCUCAAUUACGUACCGCAGGCGGGUUGUCUUGCCGAUGCAACCCAUAUGCUCGUGAGGAUCAAACCACUCAGGAAACACAGUUCCAGCAGCAAUCAGAGGCCCUGCGCAAUGCCAGCGACCUCGCUCGUAUCCGUGCGAUCGACGAUGAUAUCGAACGCCUAUACCAGGCUAGAGAUGCCCUGGUCGACAGAGUCGGUCCGUCUGAUCUCGUUCCAACCCUCUCCAACAGCGAAGCCCAAAAGUUUAAUGGAAAUGGGAGACGCACUCGUCCCACAUGGGCCAUGGUUCGUGAGCUCGUCCGUCAGAAGAGGAGUGCUAACAAGAAGGUUCUUGAUCUUGUUAAGAGAUGCGAGUCACUAGAGGGGAGCACGUCUACGUUCAUCACCGAAAACUCUGCCAUCAAGGUGGAGCAGUAUCUCAAGGAGAAGGAGCAGGCUCAGCAGGAUCUUCGACUUGCUCAGAGCGAGAUCCGUAUGUUGAGAUUUGCCACCAAGCUUGACGGGGUGAUUGGGGAUCAGGACAUGGCUGAGGGGGAGGAGACUCCGUAG